UUAAGUAAUAGGAAAUGAAUGUUUGGAGAAAAGUGAGUUGAUUCACAUGUGGCUUCAAAAUGCUGUUAUCUUCUACUCCAACAGCUUUGAGGUUUCCAAAUAUGGCGGUACCCUCCUUGACAUUUCCCAAGGGUUUUGAAUUUAGAAGCUUUGAGUCAAAGCAAAGUGUGAGUCUGAGAAAGGUGGUUUCAUGUUCAGUUUCUGGGGAUAGUGGUGCUUCAGUUGGGAACUAUAAUGUCCCAUUUCCUACUGACUAUGAUCAACUUCUUCAACAAGCUAGAGAAGCAAGUGAAUUGGCUUUGAAGGAUAGAAAACAAUUGAUGGAGAUUGAAUUUCCUACAGCUGGACUGGAUUCUGUGCCAGGUGAUGGGGAAGGUGGUAUUGAAAUGACUGGAAGCAUGCAAUUGAUUCGUGAGUUUUGUGACCUCUUCAUAAAAUCCGAGAAAGUUAUACGCACCAGAAUAUUUUUUCCUGAGGCCAAUGAAGUGACCUUUGCAAGAGGGUCAGUGUUCGAAGGAGCUUCUUUCAAAUUAGACUAUCUGACAAAACCAUCAUUUUUUGAAGAUUUUGGUUUCACUGAAAAGGUCAAGAUGGCAGAUCGUGUGAAGCCAGAAGAUGAGCUAUUUGUAGUUGCAUAUCCAUAUUUUAAUGUCAAUGAAAUGCUUGUGGUGGAAGAAUUGUACAGAGAAGCUGUGAUAAACACUGAUCGCCAAAUGAUCAUAUUCAAUGGUGAACUUGAUCGUAUUAGAUCUGGCUAUUAUCCGGCAUUCUUUUAUCCAAAGCUUGCAGCACUUACAAAAACACUCUUUCCGAAGAUGGAAACUGUAUAUUACAUCCACAACUUUAAAGGUCGAAAUGGUGGAACCCUUUUCAGGUCUUACCCUGGUCCUUGGAAGGUGCUCAGAAGAGUUGGUAACAAACAUAUAUGCUUGCAUGAACAAGACAGCAUGCCGACUUUAAAGGAAGUUGCCUUAGAUAUUCUUCCAUCAGCUUAAAUCUUCUGUGAAUACCGAUAUCUUGUUUUCCAAAGAAAAGGAGAAUAGAGAUAUUCUGCAGGAUUCUGAAACAUCAACGAUCUUUGACAUUUGGUAUUAUGUGAUCUUGAAUGUUGAUUUCGAUGCUUUUAGUUGGCUUUCUCUGUAUGGUAAAUGUCGAUUUCCUGCUUUCAGUUAGCAGUAGAAUCAACAUAUGCAUAUGGAGGUAUCUGAGCAGAAAAGUUUGCUUCUUUAACAGGAAUUCAAGUUGGAUCAGGGUCAAUUAAGUUCUGAUCAACUUAAAUGGAAUCUUCUGCAGAUUGUUUAAAGUGAAUUUGCUCAUGUUGAUUCUAUUUUUUGUAUAUAAUAAUAAUAAUAAUUUGUUUUGAGAAUAUGUUCAAGUUAUUUGCUCA